UGGCUCCUCAGUGUAGGGAAGUGGGACGUCGUAGAAUAUUCGUGGCACAUAUUGGCGAAGACCUGGUUCUAGGGAAGUACCGAGAUGGCAACUCGAUCCAGAACAGCAAUGCUCACGAGACACACUGUGAAUGGAUUCCGCUACCAGGUGGCUGUGGUCACCAAGGGCCGCGCAGUGCUGGUGCAGGUGGUGGAGUGGAUGUACCAAGGCGGGCCCUGUGUAAAGACCUAUUUUCUCAGUCUAGGGCACUCCAAGGCAGACUACAAACGCAAGUUCAACAGCGAGCAAAGACAUUUGUUAGAGAGAGGUGUCCCAUUUAAGGAGUACGACAUCUCACUGCUCUACAGUGUUCUCCAACUCAUGUGCGGACUGGCUGGCCCGAGCGACCCUGCCUGGGCUUCCCCUCCCACGGGCCAGCCUCUGGAGCAUCUCCUGCACAAGGUGAAAAUAAAGCGCAACGACAUUGCGCACACAAAUGACGUCCGGCAGAUGUCGGACCAAGAGCUUAUGAAAGAGUUGAGGAAACUUAGGUGCUUGUUCUCUAGGAUUCUUAGGUUGGCCGGGAACAGAUGUGGAAUACGUCCUCAUGUUUUCCGUGAUCAGGUUUGGGAGAUCAAGCAAAACUUUCAGGACCUCUUAAAAAAGGUUAGAGAACCUCUUCAGGCUUCAGACCUGGACAAGUUCCCACAACUGCAACAAGAAAUUCAAGUCUUUCAAAAAGCACUUCAGAACAAGAUAAGGGAGGCGAGUGAGCGGGAGCUGCGUGGUCUCUACCCGCAACUGUGGGAUGUGACUCUUGCACAGUGGCUGUAUCCAGACCUUAAAAUCCGACCGAGUGUAAACUUUACGAACCUGGUAAUCAAAGAGGACACCUCAACUCUGUCACCGUCUCAGCAACUGCAACACCAGCCUCGGGACAUAUCUCACAAGGAUCUGUUGCAAAUCACAGAUGCCUACGGUCGCCUGCCUGAAGUGAUCAUAAUAUCAGGUGAGGGAGGAAUGGGGAAGACCACGCUGCUGAAGCACAUGUUGGAGAUGUGGGUGAGAGAUCCCUCGCAAAUCAAGGGACUUCAAGCUGUUUCUCCUCUACUGUACCUACAGCUGAGAGGGUCCACCAUUACCAACUGGAAGGACAUGCUUAAGAGUGCCCUUUGCAGUACAUUUCAGGAGUCUGGACUUACUACUGACGUUUUUGCCGAUCUAUUUCAGGCUAUGCAUGUUGUAGUCCUUCUGGAUGGUUAUGAUGAAGUGAGUAAAAAGGCAAAGGAGCUCAUAACUGAUCUCAUAAGCUACCGAAGAAACAUGCGUAUUUUGAUAACCACUAGACCGAGCUGUCAGAAAGAGCUGACUCAAAUAAUGAAGAAUAAGAAGCAAGUAAUGAACAUCGAAAUCAAAGGCAUUGAUAGGAAAGAUCGCUCCUACUUUAUUGAAAACACUCUAACUGCUCUUGUACAUGAUCCAGUGCGAAGGGAUGAAUUGAAAGAGAAAAUCAUUAGUAAUCUUUGGAACUUGAAAACGGAGCAGGGAGGUAUGGACGUUCCUCUAACCCUGACCCUGUUGAUCAUACGCGACGUUGAGGCUCCAGAUGAGAGCUCACCCGAUGUCUAUCAGGACUUGACAUCCCUCAUGAUUAAAAAAGUCAAGGAGAGAGUGGCAGCAAAGGGCAUUGGUGUAACUCUGGACAAAGUUCGAGAAUAUCAUGAUUUCCAGAGAGGAGUUGCUCUACGAUGUCUGAAGAAACACGAACAUGACUUGCUGUCAGAAACAGUGGCAGAUUUGAAAGCAAAGUGCAAUGAGCUAAAUCUGCCACACAAAGAAAUUCUAUCUGGAUUUCUUACCUCAAAGAAAUUUAGGCAAGGUCUGUUUAUCGUCCAAGUGUGGUCCUUCCCACACAAUCGAUUUCAAGAACACUGGGCUGCAAGUCAUAUAGCUACACAGUUGUCAAAGAUGUCCCACGCACUGCCAGACAUGACAGGCUUGCUGGAUUUUGCUUUCCUAACUGAUGCCGAGAAGAAGAAAAAGAUUGGUAUGCCAGGACUGCCAACUGAGGAGGAAGUAGUAACCUUUAUGUUCAACAAAAAUCCUAUUCUCCAGAUUUAUGCAGACAAUAUUGAAGAGGCACAAGAACUGAUAUGGCAAAAUAUAGUAGGAGACAUAUCAAUACUACUAAUGGAAAUCGUUUUUCACAUUGCACGUAUUUUGUCAUUGUCACAAGAGAACUUUCUGGAUAAGUUUGCAUAUGCUAUCAUCAGCUUUAUAUUAUACAGUGAUCAAUCUCAUCUGAUCAGUAAGAAUAGCUGCCACAGGAUCUGCGAGACGGUGAUGGCUUCGGGACAACAUCCCAGUAUCUUAGAGGCAGCUGCCAAAGUGCUGAGAAACAGAGGCACACUAAUGACUCGAGGGGAGUAUCUGCCUGGCUUCGUAGCUUUGUUUGACUACGUCAGGCCUUCCUGCGUGGAAGUCUUCAUGAGUAAAGAGACAGAAGAGUUGCCACCAAGCUGGCAGGUCUCUGGUCUGGAGGCAUUGUCCAAGCAGAACAUUGAAGUCAUACUCAUUAUAAGUGAUAUAAAGAGUUCUAUUCAGUUUUCUGAGGCAUGUCUCCGGGCAACCACAGGCCCAGGAAGUGUUUGUCGGCUGACCAAGUUCGAAGGUGAAUUGACAGCGGUCGGGAUGCAGCUUCUUCCUGAUCGCCUGGAAAAGAUGAGAACCACGUCUGACGGGGAGGGAGUACGGGCUUUAGUGACGAGGCUUCAACUUCUACGGAGACUUCAGAUCUUAGGGCCCGCCGACGGCAACCCCGGCCACCGCCUGCUCAAGGUCUGUGCAGUUCCUUCUGUAGACGUUGCUCGCGCCGCCCUCGUUACAGGGGGUGAAGAAGUUUGCCUGGACUUCCGUGGCUGCCUCGCAGCUACAAUAAUUAUAUACUAA